ACAUUCAUGGUGAACAUGGUACUACCAUUUCAAAAAUGUGUUUUGGGUCAUUUGAGGAUAUGUCAUGACAACAAAUGGCCUGUAACUGAGUUCCAGAAGGCAGAGUCUGAUCUGAAUUAUAUUCAACACAAACUAGAAUUUGAAAUUGUGAAUAAUCUUCCAGAAAACAGAACACAACAGGAAAAUCCAAUAAAACUGCUAGAGCAACUGAAGGUAAUAAAGUCACGGUAUCGUGAGUUGUGUGAAGAAGCAGAUCGGAUUGCUAUAGAGCGUAAGGAAUCAGUAGACUUCAUCCGUACAAAACUUGCCACCACAUUGCAGUUAGUACAAAAGCUGCAGAGUCAAAGCGACUUGAAGUCCUGUCCCCUGACAGAAGAUGAGCAAUGGGCUAUACAGAAUGUUAUGAAGUUGGAGACUUUGCCCGGAGUAGACCCGUGUGAGGAAUCCAGUGCAGUGCCUCAUUCACCACAGCAGCUGGGAGGUGGGUUUGAACCGAUCACUGAAGAGAUGUUCAUAUCUGUGCCAAAAAAUGUAAGGCAGGCUGCAAAACUUGCGAACUUGAACACACUUUACCAGCAGCUCUUUGACCACUUUGUAAAGGACAAAAAUAGUUCUGCGCUGACUGUGAUGCAGAUGAUGAAACUCAACAUGAAGGCAACUGAAGCAGAGAUAAAAACACUUAAAGCUCUUGAACUCAUUCAACUGGACAAAAAAGGACGUGUCCGUCUCUCCCUGUGUCAUUCCUAGAUUUGCCAGCCUUCUACCAAAGCAGUAUUUGUACUUGAUCUUGUCUGAAUUCAAGUGCAGAUUUGUGGAUGUCUGACUGAAAAUAAGGUGCAAGAAUCUGUUGAGGUGCUUUACUACUUGAAGUAAAACUUGAGGAUUUUGGAUGCAGUUUUGGUAGGGUAAACUCUGUGCCUCGGGAGCUAGUCUCCAAAGUAUGGUGGACUUGACAUUUAAUACAGCGAAUGGAUAUUUUAGUCUGGCAGCAGAAUCACAAACUUAUGAAUUGUUGGGUUUUCAAUGCUUAUGGUUCCUAAAAUUUGUAUUGUUUGUAUUUAAGAAACAUCUCAGUUAUUGCCUUUGUGCCUAAUUUUCAGGGAAAUGGUCUUUUCCUUGGAGAGUUUAUCCCCUGGCUACCAAACUGAGUAUGCUGAUCUUCUACACAGGAGUAUAGCUGUCACAAAUCAGUAAAUAGUGGUUUUAAUAAGCACUUUGUCUAGUAAUUUUGAUGAUUUGAUGAAAUGUAUAAUAAAAUUCCAAUCUUGUAUUUAAUAGUUCAUAAAUACGGAAGGUUAGUCAUCUGGUUGACAUUCAUCCAGUGUGUGGCCAGGAACUGGAGUUGCGAUAUGGCUAUGUUUGAGCAGGAGCCAGUGUUUGGAAUUAUGUGUGUUUCUGCUCCUUUAAAAACCAACAGGUUUACAGGAAAAUGCUUCAUACUACUAUAUAUCAAUUGUGAUUGGAUAGUAAUGAGAUCAGGAGUCUGGGAUCAUCAAAGACCCAAGUCUGCCAGAUUGCUGGAGUUUUAUUACAUUCUGUUAGAUUUCCCACUAUCCCCAAUGAGUUUAACUCCACCAGCUGAAUGUGGCCUAGAUAAUUAUGGGACCUGAUCUAAAGAUUAAAUUGUCUCAAUAAAUCUUAAGAAAACAGCAGAAAAAUGACCAAGAUCUGCUUCAAUUCCAUGAUUUCUUUCCAGAUGGAACAUUAUUGAAUUUGUGUUGCUUUUGAUAAUAAAGUAUACAGAAUGCUAAACAAUGUACUUAUGAAGAAAGGAUAUUUUGUCACUUUAGAUAGAUCAUCAGUUUUUUUAUGUUGAAUAAAGUGGAGAUUGCAAAAAUGCUUUGUGCUGUUUUAUUUGUGGUUAAAAAUGGCUGCACUGGGAAUGGAGCAUUCUU